UAACCUCUGUUUUGUGUACGUCAGUUAUUCCCCUUCUUUUAAAAUUCGCCAAUAUCAACACUCUAAGCUUGCAUGAGCGUGUUUGUAAAGCAAAGGUCGUCAAACAGCCGAUAUGGAGUUGAAGAUUGUCCAUGCAAAGUCGGGAAAGACCCUGACCACCCUACAGGUGACGGAUCAAACAACAAUAUCUGAAGUAAAAAAACAAUACCAAAAGACAAAUUCCAAAUAUUACCCUGACAGACAAUCCUACCGUACAGAUCCAAAUGGGAGGAGUUUGAAGGAUGACGAUACGUUGGGCGGGCUUAACCUCGGAAAAGGGGCCACACUGUACUUCAAGGACCUGGGGCCUCAAGUUGGAUGGUCUACAGUGUUCCUCACUGAGUAUGCAGGUCCUCUGGUGAUCUACCUGAUCUUCUAUGCUCGACCCACCAUAAUCUAUGGUGAGCUGGCAGGAUCCCCUAGGAAAACUGUCAUCAAUUUAGCGGCCGUAUGUUGGUCAGCCCACUAUGCCAAGCGGCUUCUGGAGACUGUGUUUGUGCACCACUUCUCUCAUGCCACCAUGCCCAUCAUGAACAUAUUCAGGAACUCUGCCUACUACUGGGGAUUUGCCAGCCUGGUUGCCUACUUUGUGAACCACCCUCUCUACACCAGCCCCUCAUUUGGUGACCUCCAGGUUUACGCUGGGCUAGGGAUGUUUACCAUUGCAGAGCUGGGCAACCUGUCCAUCCACCUGGCAUUCAGCAGUAUGAGACCCAAAGGAAGUACCGUGCGUAAGAUCCCGUAUCCGACCGGCAACCCGUUCACGUCUCUGUUCAACCUGGUGUCAUGUCCCAACUAUACAUACGAGGCCCUGGCAUGGAUCGGCUUCUCUGUCAUGACUCAGUGUCUACCAGCUGCCCUGUUUGCAGUGUGUGGCUUCUAUCAAAUGACAGUGUGGGCCAUUGGCAAACACAAGAACUACAAGAGGGAGUUCUCCAACUAUCCAAGGGGACGCAAGAGUAUUGUCCCUUUCCUCAUUUAAACAUUAACCGCUCAGAUACGCUUUUUCAGCCAUUUGUAGUUCUUAGUGAAAUCAAAUAAAAUUAAUGACCUUUCUUACUAGAAUCAGGUUUAAAACGGUUUAUUUCCAACUCUUUUAACAUACUUAUGAGCAGCAAACUGCAUAAAACUUGAACAUACUUGCAGGCUGUUCUUUUUUCAUACUCAAAGGCUGUUCUUGUUUUAAUGUUGGUGGCAUAUAGCUAUUUUCACUUUGCUUCUGAAUUUGAAAGGGUUCAAUUUCAACAGUCCACACUGUGUUGUGCAUAUUAUGUUAUAUUUGAACUGUUAUGUUUAUAAUUAAUUGAAUUAAUCACUGUUAGUUUCUUGAAUUGUUUGAGCAAUAUCAUUAUCAAGUAUUUAAGAUUGUUAUGCAAACAUGAAACAUCUUUCUCCAAUGAGUCGUAACUGGACGAGUUUUGUAUUAGUGUAUUCUGUUACAGACCAAGCAUGAUUGUAAUUCAUGGUUAUUUGUUGUA